CUAUUGUUAUUUGUAUUUAAGAAUGUGAGUAAAUAAAUACCAUAUAGACUAUAUAUUUGAAGAAUUAGCACUGCAAAUUAAAAAAUGGAGACUACUAAUGCUCCUGUUGCUGUAAUGGAAAAUCCCACAACUUCAAAUAUUCCGACAUUUUUAUUGAAACUUGUUAAUAUGUUGAAAGAUGAAUCAAAUCACGAAUAUGUGGACUGGAAUGAGGCAGGAACAUCUUUCAUUGUGAAAGAUCAAGUACAGUUUUCAAAAAUUGUUCUACCUAAAUAUUUCAAACAUAAUAAGUUUGCAAGUUUCGUCAGACAAUUGAAUAUGUAUGGAUUUCGCAAGAUCACAUCAUUAACACAGAGUGGUUUGAACAAUGAAAAGGAGGAGAUUGAGUUUUACCAUUAUUUGUUCAUUCGUGGUGAAGAAGUAUUUCUGGAACAUAUUAAGAGAAAGGUACCCAAACCAGAAGAAUCAAAUCGCCGUAACAAUGAAGAUGUUACCAAAGUACUCGAUGAUGUUAAACAAAUGAAAGGCUACCAAGAAAACAUAACUUCGCAGCUAUCAGAAUUGAAGCAAGAGAAUGAAGAUUUGUGGCGAGAGGUUGUUAAUCUACGUCAUAAGCAUUCACAUCAACAGAAAGUUGUCAAUAAGCUUAUACAGUUCUUGGUAAACUUGGUUCACCAGCAUGGUAUAGGAGUAAAAAGGAAACUGCCUUUAAUGAUUGAAGAUGGCUCGUCAGGCUCUUCUAAUUAUGUUCCUGCGAAGAAAUAUCAGAAACCCCUUCUUGUCAGUGAUGAUGACAAUGCUAAUGAUGGUCAGUUAGCACUGGAAGAACCUACGAAACCAACUGUUUCAUUUCCCGCCAGUGUGAUGGAACCUCAAGACAAUAAUGUUGUUGCUAUGGGCUCUGGUCCGUACAUAACAGAAGUAACUACACCGCAAGGUAUGUCAUCUUACUCUGGUGCCAGUGAUAUGAAUACAGCAGCCCUACAGAUGCAUGAUCCAGUGUUUGUCAACUCUACACUAUCAAGUGCACAAGCACGUAACCCUGUUCCACCCAACCCUGCAUAUGAUGUCAACCAAUACAUUGAAUCAACAUUGAACACACCAAGUACCGUUGUUCAACCAUCUGGCACAGUUACUUUUCCUGAUGAAGAAGAAGAUGAUAAUUUUGGUGGUCUCAUCAACCCAGCAGCUGCAUUCGGGGGAAACCAAGUUGCCAUUAGUACUACACAGUCAUCCACAUCCAACCAACAGCAACCUGCAUAUUAUUCCCCUCCACAACAAUCAAGAAUACAAAGUCCUAUAACCAACGCACAGAAUACUUUGACUCGAUACUCACCGCCUCGGAGUCCAAAAUUGUUACCAGAUUUUCCAUUCAUAAAAACAUCUUACAGGGGUGAUCUCUCAUCACAUGUGGACUCUGUGCAAAACAAUUUAGAAAAUAUUCAAGAUCUUUUAUUUAAUAAUGACCAAGUACAAUUGGAUUAUGGAUUAAUUCAAGAGUUGUUCAGCACUUCUCCUGAUAUUAUGCCCCCCAGAGUUGAUAUGCCAGCAGUUUCUGGAAGCGGAAAUAUUACAGGAAAUGAACUCAUUUUGCAUCCUGGCGUGUCUGCCAAUAGAAACGGGUCACAAAAAGAUUUGGAAGAUGAUUUGAAAGAACUGGAAAACUACAUGUGAAAACACCAUUGACAAACCUUAAAAAACGACAAUGGCCGAUAAAAUUGAAUUUUAAUAAGCUAGCCCAGAAUAUGUUGCACAUGAGCUGCACCCCAUUAUCACACCAUGUCAAUCUGUGCAUAAACUGACAAAUUGUGUCGCUGUGGGACUGAAGUACGUCUUUUAUUCGCCAUGCUUCUUCUAUUCUUUUAUUCAUCACCCAUAAGAUUGUACAGUGAGAAAAUAUCAUUUGCCUGCAAUAUGCUUGAAUUAUAUCAGGGAUAGCAAACUUCUGACCAGUAUGUUUUUUUUGUGAUAUGCCGAGAAUUAAUGCGGAAAAAGUACUAACAUUUCAGUGAUAAAUAAUUUCAUAAAAUUGAGUCUUAGAAAUUGUCUUAGUUCGGUGCUAUAAGUACUGGAUUUGUAAAGCUCAAUACCACACAAUAAUAACCCAAGUUUAUUAUACUUGCGGAAAUGAUAAAAAAGCAAGUUUCUAAUUGAUUAAAUCCAUGAUCCACAUUAUCCUUUUUCACAAAAAAAAUAUAACGUGCUCCCCAUUCAGUAAAAAAGGUUUGCUAUCCCUGAUUCCCUGCAAUAUAUCAUCAAUUUAUACAAAAGUUUCAGAGUUUACUUGUUAGAAAAUCAUGUGAGCUGGUGGCUUCAUAUAAAAUGGUGACACAGCCACUGCAGCACUUCCAUUGACUGUACUUUUUUGCUAAAUUAAUGAAGUGAAUUUGUAUAAACGAAUAUGUCAUUCAUAUUGCUGCAUAAGUUGGCGCUCCAGAUUUACACUUCAUUAUUUCUUGUUAUCACAAUGUUAAAAAUAUUCACCUAUCAGCUCUUGUGAGUUUGUAUGAACAUUGGUUUAGUAGAUCUGAAGCACUUUUUAAUAUUGAAUUGUUCUUUAUACUGUUGAAAAAGCAAGCUAAGCCCUGUACAUUGGGCUUGCAGUGAUGUCAUUAUAUAUUCAAUUUACUAAAUUUGCAAGCUCAAGGGCCUUCAAAAUUAAUGUAGAAAAGGUACUGAGGUGCAAAUCCACAUUUGCAUGCUAAGAGCUAUUAUGUUCAUCUUUGCAGUUGAGAUUCUUGUGGGUAGUAGUUCACCAUGAAACUUGGAUUUGAAACUAUCAGAGUAGGAAUUUUGUUGUGAAGUAAAUGUUGAUCCUACAUGGAUUUGUACAUUAUCACAUAUGUUCCAUCUCAAUUCUUUUCAUAUAUCAAUGUUUCAGGGUUUUUCCAGUCUCGUUUCUUGUUUGAUGAAACAGGGAAUAGUUCAUGUACUAAAAAGUUUUUUUGGGUUGUUCAACAGUUUGUCCAACAGGUUUUAUGUAAAUGAUGAAUUUUGAUCAUUUUUUUUAUUUUGUUCCAUUCAGUUUAUUAAAAUCAUUUGUGCCAUCAUCGGUCCAUAAUUUUUAGUUUAUGGAGUAGAAAUACAGUUCUUUUUGUACCA